AAAUAAAAACAGGAAAUUUUUUCCUUUCACUUUGCCCCUUCUCCUCUUCCCGGCGAUGGCCGCCGGCCUCCUCCUCGGCGACGCCACCGCCCCGGGGGCACACCUCGCCGUCCGCCGCCGGCCGCCGCACCUCUACCUCCGCAACUGGGCCCCCAAGCCCCUGGGGCGGCCGCUCGAGCUCGGCGUGGCCGCUUGUCUUUCAAGGAAUCCCCGCCGUGGCCUCGUGGCCAGGUUCGCGGCCUCCGCUUCGGGCGGCGGAGAUGAGCCCGGGGAGCUGUCGGAGGACGAGGCGCAGAGGAAGUGGGAGGCGGAGAUGUCGCGGCGGCUGAAGGAGGCCGAGGAGAUGGAGGAGCUGGAGCGCACGGCCGAGCAGCUGCAGAGGCAGGCCGCCGCCGAGGCCCCCGAGGAGUCGGAGGAGGAGAAGCGCGAGCGCGUCCGCCGCGAGCUUCAGAAGGUGGCGAAGGAGCAGGCAGAAAGGAGGGCGACUGCGAAGCAAAUGUUUGAAUUGGGGCAAAAGGCGUACGGGAGAGGAUUGUAUGGUCGUUCAAUUGAAUUCUUGGAGGCUGCACUCACUAUCAUACGCCCCUCCUCGCUCCUUGGUGGUGAGAUCCAAAUUUGGCUUGCGAUGGCAUAUGAGGCCAAUAGACGGCACAAGGAUUGCAUUGCAUUGUACAAAGAAUUGGAGAGUAGCCACCCCAUGAUCAACAUCAGGCGGCAGGCAGCUGAACUCAGAUACAUUUUAGAGUCACCCAAGUUGAAGAUAUCAAAUGACGAGGUGGUCUCAAUACCACAAAUUGGGAGCAGCUGGGAUUGGUUAGUUAUCUAUCUGGUAUGCUGGAACAUGGAGCGACAAAAUCAAGGAUCAAGAGGACAAGAAAAGAAUUAUGGCUGCUGCUAGCAACCAAGUUCAACCGUCUUCAAACAUCUUUGGAAACUUCUCUUUCUUGCGACCACCAAGUGAAUGGAAAAAGAGCGCCUGGGUGAUUGUUACUUUAUGGAUCCUUUUGAUAGGAACAGCGAUCUAUCUGCAAAGAUGAAGAACUCUCGUGGUUCUGGGACAAAGCAUUCGCAUCUUCACUAUACGGUGAUCCAAUGUACACCAAAAUACAGAGAUGCUGCGAUAUGACCUGGUCUCAGAGUGCUCCAAGACAAUAGAUCCUGGUGGAUUGCAUUUGUUAUUUUAGUUGUGCUAUCCAAGAAUGCAUCGUAUUCUCUUCUGCGCUGACACGGGCCAGAUUUGUCAUCAAGUUUUUUUUUUUUUUUUUUGGCCGCAAUGUAAAUACUAACUUGCAAUGCAAGCAGAUGCUAACUGAUCCUAUAUUGGUUUCCACAUUCAGAUUAAAAUAUGUUGCGAUGGGUUACUACCU